UAUCCUUUGGAUGAACGUGAGAGGAGAGGCAGCACCAGUAGUUCCUCAUCAUUAUGACACAUCACAGUCUGGUGAUAUAAAAGCCCGGGCCACUCCUUCUGCGCCCCGUCGCUCGGCUUCAGAUCCCGGCCAGCUUCAGGUUGCCGGACAGAGGCAGUGAGUGCGCUAGUGAAUGCAUGUGAGUUUCUGAGAGAAUGGCGACGCUAGUUAAUCCUGUAGAUACUCCCGCACCCUUCGGCGGUGCCAGUAGCAUCAGGAACACGGCAUCACCCGCAUCCUCGACACAGCAAUUCGACGACAGCAAAUAUUACCUGCUGGUGGUGAUUGGAGAGCUGGUCACUGAAGAACAUCUGAAGUGUGCCAUUGCGGACAUUGAGAAAGGAAUUCGUUCAUGGGACACAAAUCUUAUUGAUUGUAACCUGGACCAGGAGCUGAAGCUUUUUGUUUCUCGACACUCUGCCAGGUUUUCAGCCGAUGUGAGAGGGCAAAAGAGUCUGCACCACAAAAGCAAUGUGCUGGAGACGGUGGUGCUCAUUAAUCCAUCAGAUGAAGCUGUUAGCACUGAGGUACGUCUGAUGGUCUCAGACACAGCUCACCAGAAGCUGCUUGUCUUGGCCGGACAGUGUUUUGAAAAUACAGGCGAGCUUAUUCUACAGUCAGGAUCAUUUUCUUUCUCCAGCUUCAUUGACAUUUUUGCAGAUCAAGAGAUUGGGGAGCUUUUAAGCACCGUACAUCCAGCCAACAAAGCCAGCUUAACCCUUUUCUGUCCUGAACAUGGUGACUGGAAAAAUUCAAACCUCGACAAACACAACUUGCAAGACUUCAUCCAUAUGAAGCUUAACUCCCCAACUAUCCUUCCAGAAAUGGAAGGUCUCUCUGAAUUCACGGAGUACCUCUCAGAAUCUGUUGAGAUCCCAUCUCCGUUUGACAUGCUCGAGCCCCCUACCUCAGGAGGGUUUCUAAAAUUAUCCAAACCAUGCUGUUAUAUUUUCCCUGGUGGCCGAGGUGAUUCAGCACUGUUUGCAGUUAAUGGCUUCAACAUGCUGAUUAAUGGUGGAUCUGAUAGAAAGUCUUGUUUUUGGAAGCUGGUACGGCAUCUUGACCGAGUGGAUUCUAUUCUCCUAACACACAUUGGAGAUGACAACCUCCCUGGGAUCAAUAGCAUGCUGCAGCGCAAAAUUGCUGAACUUGAGGAGGAGCAGUCACAGGGAUCCACAACUAACAGUGACUGGACAAAGAAUAUGAUUUCACCCGAUAUUGGUGUUAUGUUUGCUAACAUGCCUGAGAACCUGGAGAACUCGGCUGCUAACUUCAGGGUUAGAAGAAAUGCUGAGGAGGCAUCUCUCACUCUACAAUACCUAAACAAGCUGUCUUUGAAACCUGAACCUCUGCAUAGGAACACAGGAAAUACGAUAGAACCUAUUAUACUUUUUCAGAAAAUGGGGGUUGGAAAGCUUGAAAUGUAUGUUCUCAACCCAGCUAAGAAUAGUAAAGAGAUGCAGUACUUCCUAAAAGAAUGGACUGGCAGUGAAAAAGACAAAGCACCCAUCUUUUUACCAAAUGGAAAAGAAUCUGAGCUCCCAGUCACAUACUUGUCUUCCAUCUCAUCACUGAUUGUGUGGCAUCCUGCUAACCCAUUUGAAAAAAUUGUCCGUGUUCUUUUCCCAGGUAAUUCCACACAGUAUAACAUUCUUGAAGGCCUAGAGAAACUCAAACACUUAGAUUUUCUCAAGCAUCCUGUGAUCACACAGAAAGAACUAUCUUCAGAUUCAGCCCCGACACUCAAGCAAGCAAAGAUGAAACAUAAGACAGACAGUAAGGAGAGCCUGAAGUCCACAUCAAAACCAUCACCGAGCAAGCACCUCCAAAAAGAGUCCAAAGAUGAAGCCUCUGAAAAAGUUAAAAAACUUAGUAAAACUGACUCCGUUCAUUCUGUGGAAACUCAAGAGGUGAUACAAAAAACUGUGAAAAAAGUAAAAUCUGGCGAAACAAAUAUCAAAAGCAAGACCGAGCAAACACCAAAAAUCGACACUCCAGAAAAAAAGAAAGUUGAGAUUAAACCAAAAACUAUAAAGAAAGAAACAAAGAAAUCAGUGGAAAAGAGCGAAACAGAUAAAAAAGAUGUCAAACCCACACCCAAAAAAGAAGAAAAGAUCAAAAAAGAAGAGAAGGUGAAGAAAGAAGAGGCUAAAAAAGAGAUAAAGAGACGAGACAUUAAAAAAGAUUCCCUUUUAAAAGAAAGCAGAAAAGACGAAAAGAAAGGAACACAGAAAGACGAAAAAGAACCUAAGAAAGAUUUGAGGAAGGCUGGAGGCUUAAAAAAGAAUGUCGCUGGCACAGCAGAGGUAAAAAAGCCUGCGCCUAAACCAAAGGUUGCAGCACGAGGAAAGGGUCCCGGUAGUCCUGCAAAAUCUAAAGACAAGGCUAAGUCUAAACCUGUCAAAAAAGAAGUUGGAGAAUUAGUGGCUGUCUCAGGUGCUACUGCUGAAGAACCAGCUGCUGAAGCUUCUGUCACAGAAGCUCUUGAGGCUGAGAGAUCAUUGAUGUCGUCUCCAGAAGAUCUCACCAAAGACUUUGAGGCUUUGAAAGCAGAGGAGAUUGUCGAAAAUGACCAAAUGCUAUCUCAGACCAACAUAGAAGAUUCUGAUCAAGGAGAGAUGAUCAAGCAUGGAGAAAUAACUCUUUGCAAAGAGUCUCCAGAAGCUGUAGAGUCCUUAGAUGAAGGAAUAGCAACCACUGAAGCUGAAGAGGAAUGUGGAGGUACUCCAGGGGAUCAAGAACUCAAUCAAAAAAGCAAUGGCACUAGUGAAAAAUUUGAGGAUGAGGGAACAGGGCUGGAAGAGUCAUCUGAGACCGGCGAUUAUGAAGAAAAGGGAGAUAUAGAGGAAGUGGAUGAACAAGAAAGAACUAAUUUGAAAGAUCAUGUAGAGCAUGAAGGGGAGCAGGAAAUCAAGGAAGUAUUAGAUUGUGGCACAGGAGAAUCACAAUAUAGACAAGACCAAGAAACUGAGAAGCAGAGUUUAGAUGCAACCACACCACCAAAGCUCUCUGCACCUGUUUCUCCCACACCUUCUAUUCACGAUGAAACCCUGCCAGCAGGUUCAGAAAGUGAAGCUGCGUCUGAUGAUGAAAAUCGAGAUGAGCCUCCAGAAGAGUAUACCACAUCUGGACACACUCAGUCCACAAUUGAGAUCUCAAGUGUUCCGACUCCUAUGGAUGAAAUGUCAACUCCAAGAGAUGUGAUGAGUGACGAGACCACAAAUGAUGAAAGUGAUUCUCCCUCCCAAGAUUUUGUAAAGUAUGGUAUUACCACAGAUCAUGAACGAAAGACACUCUCACCUCUCAAAGAUCUUCCUGAGUCAGACCACUCAAAGAGUGAUGCCACUGAGGGCCAUGAUUAUCAUGCAUCAGCUUCCACCAUUUCACCACCAUCUUCACUGGAGGAAGACAAAUCUGGCAAGGAGUGUUUAGCUAAAGACAAAUUCUCAUUUGGUUUAGACAGACUUAGUGCUACUACUACAACCAUGCCUUUUGUCAGGUCACCUUCUGGCGACCAAUAUAUAAACAUUGACUAUGUUCACACAGGCGUAUCUUCACCAAUUGAGCUGGGCACCACACUUGCAGGAGUGUCAAAAGAAAUGGACUCAUACAGUCCAGAGGACAAACCAUUAGAGGGUCCUUUAUCUCCUCAGUCCUCAGGUCAUACACCUUACUAUCAAUCCCCAGUGGAGGAGAAAGAUGGCACUCCACCAACAGAGGAAAUGUCCAUGCCCCAAGGUCCCAUUAUUGUUGACAUCACAAGUGACAAAGAAUACUCUCCCAAACAGGCUAGCCCUAUUGAUGAAGCGGUGCCCAUUUCACAAGUGGAAAAGGUGCAAUCACCUUGUCAUGACACAAUCUCAACCAAGGAAGAAAAGUCACAUUUUGAGCUUGACAAGUCUGACAAUAAUGAUAAAAAGUCAGCAACUGACAACGGUUCUUCAUCCUCAAUGCCGCCAGCUAAAGUAGAAAGUGUGUCUGAGACAAACCCAUUUGCAACAUUUAAAGAAGAAACCAAAAUGUCCAUAUCUGAGGGAACCACAUCUGAUAAGUCUGGCACUCCGGUUGACGAAGCUGUUGCAGAGGAUACAUUUUCUCACAUUGCCUCUGCCUCAACAGCAUCACUUGCAACAAGUUCUUUACCAGAACCCACAACAGAUGAUGUCUCGCCAUCACUACAUGCUGAGGUCGGCUCCCCGCAUUCCACUGAGGUAGAUGACUCUCUCUCCGUCUCUGUUGUUCAGACACCAACCAAAAUGCAAGAGGCCGAAGUCUCACUGUCUAAAGAGGAAAGUCCCCGGCCAAUGUCAAUCUGUCCUGAUGUUUCAGGCAAACUGGGAAUGCCACAGCAGGAAACAAAAUCCCCUGAGCAGUCCACGUCAGUUGAGCUUGAACAAGAAUCUCCACAAAACUCAUUUGCGUUAGAUUUUAUCAAGCAGUCACCAGAUCAUCUGUCAGUAGGAGUUCAACGUACAGCCACUGAAAAUGGUCCAACAGAAGUUGAUUACAGCCCCUCAGAUGGAGCAGCUGUCAUGGGAGAACAGCGCAAACCUGGAGGAGUGGGAGAGAAGCCGAUGCUUUUCAAAGAGUCAGAUAGUACCCAAGUUGCCUCCGUUUCCCCGUCAGAUGCUUCUCAGUCCACCCCAUCAGUUACAACACCAUCCCAAAUUGGGGAGCCAAGAGAAAUGUCCCCAAAUGCUGAGUCUGUAGCUCCAAAAGUGUCACCCCGCAAUCAUUCCCCCUUGUCUUCUGAUGCAUCUCUUGUUUCAAGCGGAUCAAGUACCGUUUAUGGGGAACCAGACAAAGGUAAAAUAAGCCCCACCUUAUUUUGCCAUGAGAGUGGAAUGCAUAAACCAGAAGACACCCAGCAGAGUAUAGAGAAGACUUCUCCUGUGUCACCCCCUUCUGCUACUGUGUCAUAUUGUUUUUCACAGAAGACAGAUGAGCUCAAACUUGGCCUAGGGACCAAUCCCUUCACCGACGCAAAAUCCCCCACCAGUCCCAAAUUGUCAUCUCCAUGCCAACCUUCUCCCUCUUCCAAUCAGCCAGAUGCUGAAGAAAAGUUUUCCAGCAGCACAUCAUAUUCCUACACCUCACAACAUGAGGAAUCUACCAAGAACUGUGAUGGUGGAUCUAAAGGGCCAGAUACUUCAAAACCAAGUUUUUCUCAUUCACGGGCAGAUGUGGAUUUGUGUUUGGUGACCUCCUGUGAAUAUAGGCAUCCAAAGACUGAGCUUUCUCCCUCGUUUAUAAACCCGAGCCCUCUUGAGUACUUCAUGAAUGAGGAAAAUCCUCUGGAGGAGGAAAAGCCGCUGGCUAAGUCAGAGGGUGGACCACCUCCGCCUGGAGGAAAACAACAGAGCAAGCAAUGUGAGGAAACUCCACCAACCUCUGUUAGUGAAUCAGCACCCUCUCAAACUGACUCUGAUGUUCCUCCUGGCACUGAGGAGUGCCCAUCAAUAACUGCAGAUGCAAAUAUUGACUCUGAGGAUGACUCAGAAACGCUACCGACAGAUAGGACUCUCACUUAUCGUCAUGCAGACCCACCUCCAGUCACCCCCAGAGACCCCGCUCCUGCUCCACCACAUCCUGAGGUCUCGAUGGUGGAUCCAGAGGUUCUUAAGGCUGAGGAGGCAUCCCAAAAUGAGGAUGGAGGGAAGCCAAAAAAGAAUAAAAUCAGCAACAAAACCAAGUCGUCUACAUCCAAGAGCUUGUCAAAAACAAGUGCCAUCAAGGAGUUGAAAACAUCUUCGCCAAAAAAGACUAUUGAGGAAAAAGAUGCCAAAAAUGCUACUAAUACAUCUGCGUCAAGGGGAGUGAAAAGAAGCACAAAGGCCAGCAGUGGAAUGUCAGUACCCAACUGUCCACCAAUGUAUAUGGACUUAGUUUACAUCCCAAAUCACAGCAAUGCCAAGAAUGUGGAUGCGGAGUUCUUCAAACGUAUCCGGUCCUCCUACUAUGUAGUCAGUGGUAAUGAUCAAACAGCACAGGAGCCCAGUAAGGCCGUCCUGGAUGCGCUAAUGGAAGGAAAGAGCCAAUGGGGAAAUAAUAUGCAGGUCACACUAAUUCCAACUCAUGAUACAGAAGUAAUGAGGGAGUGGUAUCAGGAAACCCACGAGAAGCAGCAAAAUUUAAACAUUAUGGUUUUGGCGAGCAGCAGCACUGUGGUCAUGCAAGACGAGUCUUUUCCUGCAUGUAAGAUUGAGCUGUAAAUGUUAAGAUGUUGUAUAUCGGAGAACAAAACACCUAAAAAGAUGUACCACACACAAUCACAAAAGCAACUAUUUUGGCUUACAUUCCAACUUCUCACUGGAGAAACCUUUAGUUAACGUUUCUCCAUAGAAUUACUGUAUCUCUUCUGAGUUCUCAGGUUGUAAAAAUGAAGGAGUGCAGAUUUAGGUGUGAAACGUUGUUUAAUUAGGCUUUGUUUGCCACAGAACAAGCACGUUAUUGGCAUAUAUAUAACAAGCAAGUUAUUGACCUCCUCAAACACACACAUACUGUACACACACACACACACACAGACAGACACAGACAGUGAUAGAUUAAUGCAAAUUGAACAACAGACCAAAUACAUAGUGAAUGAACAUUGUACUGUAAACUCAAAUUUUCAACAAAUAAAUGGAUCACAUCACCCCAUUGAUUGCUAAUGUUUACACCAAAGUUUGAAGGAUUGUUAUUAUGCCUUAGAAAGUUAAACUGAAUGUACAAAAAAUAUGAUGCACUUAAUAUGAAAACGAUUAAAUGGUGUGUAUGAUCCACAUUCACAAACACUUAAAACACAUUACAUGUAUAUCAUAUGAUGUUAAAGCUAUAUAUGUAAAAUUACAAACAUAAUAUUUCAGCAGCUCUGAGUUGUAAUACUAUAAAUGUGAGGCUUGCUACCUUUGCAGUUAAAUACCACACGGAACAAGGGUUUGACCAAUUAAAAAAAGCCAUGCGAAAACAUGCAUAACCUUAAAGGACUAGUUCACCUUCAAAAUGAAAAUUCUGUCAUCAUUUACUCACCCUCUUGUCAUUUCAAACCUGUAUAACUUUCUUUCUUCCGCAAAACACAAAAGAAGAUAUUUCGGAGAAUGUUGUUAACAGCCCCCCAUUCACUUGCAUUGGUUACAAUAGAAGUGAAUGGGGGGCUGUGCUGUUCUGUUACCGACAUUUUUCAAAAUAUCUUCUUUUGUGUUCUGCAGAAGAAAGAAAGUCAUAUAGGUUUGAAAUGACAAGAGGGCGUGUAAAUGAUGACAGAAUUUUCAUUUCAACUACUUCUUUAAAGCUACAGUUAACAUUCAUCUCAUACCUUUUCUUCCAGGACAGCAAACAAGUCAUUGACUUGAAUUUAAUAGUUAGCCAUUUUUUGUUUUAUACCGUCCAUGAUGGGUUUACAGUCUCCAAAACGAAAUUCUCCAAAAAUUGCUGCUUAUUAUUUGCACAUAUUGAUUAUUUAUUUCUGAGUAAUAAUGUUGUUAUAUUUCAUGGCCUUAUUUAAUGUUUAAUUUAUUAUUUUGAAUUUGCUAGCAUUCCUAUGCAGUUAAUAAUGAAUGAAGAUCUUUAACAAGGAAAACUCACGUGGAUUUAAAGUUGUGUGAACGUUGACAACAAUUGUUUUUGUUGUCAUUCAAUAACUAUUGUUUUCUUAUGCUCUAAAUAGGGUUGGUUUGAAAUGAAAAUUUCAAUUUAAUGUUUGAACUUAGCAGCGGUGCUGUAUACAUGGUAUUGAUUUGAAUCUUAUCCAUCUGCAAUUGUCAUUUUCUUUUUUAGUCAAUGUCGCCAGAGCCAUCAAGUUGAAAAACUGAAAACUUUCCUUUCCUUAGAAAUCUUUUAUAAAAUGCACUGUACUAUAAUUAUAAAUAGCCAGGUGGCUGAGUGAGUGACGGGAUGAUGUGCAUGUGUAAUGUAUUUCUGUAUACUUCACUUUUUUCUCUGCUUACUUUUACUAAAGAGGAAACUCAUUCUUUACUGCCAAUCAAUCGUUGCAAGAAUAUGACUGACAUAAUUCAUGAUUCACUUGGAUGAUGUUUAUUGCAUAAAAACAUCACUUUUAAUCAAGAGCCAUACACUUGAAAAUUGUAACAUCUCAUUAAAGGUUAAAGAGAUUUGAAAUCCAAUCAUCCAAUUCUUAUGACACCACCACUAGACUGGUCAGAUCAUGCACAGAUUAUACCAGUAUUCCAGUUAUGUGACGUCUACUUGAAACACUUAAGGAUGUACGUGUAAGUAAUAAGAUGAUGCGACAACUUGAACAAACAUGAACUGUGAAUUUGGUUCCAUCAUGGUCCAACUCUUCAGGAGUUCUUGUUACAAUAACAAUACACUGUUUUUGAAAUGUAACGUGUCAGACGUCACAAUUCAAAACUAAACACUAGACUCUCCUUAAUUCUGUGACAGCAGCAUCUAACAUUAACCACAUGCUUCUGCAAACUGCAUUGUUUACCUGCAAGACAUCCAAAUGACUACAAACACCACACUUAUUGCCGAAUUUUAACAUUUGCCUUCACUUCUCUCCUCUCAAACCCUCACAAUCUGUGCCCUUUCUGCGCUCACACCUUCGAGUGCUUGUAACAAGAAGUCCGCCGUUGUGUAUGAAAUAUAUCUAUAUCUUGUGAACUUGCAUCUUUCCUCUUUUCAUUCCUAACCCCAUAUCUAGACUCUAGAGGAUAGUCUCAACUGGAAGUAUUACCUUGUGAUUUUUCUCAUGUUUGUGUGCAAUAUCUUCUCCCACCUCUGGGGGGGUUUGAUGUAAAGGGAAGUACAAUUAAAAAGAGAGAAAAUGAGUACACAAUAAAGAAUUUUG